AUGUAACCAGAGAGUGCUAAAAUAAAGCUCGCCAGUCAUCUCUUUGAUAGAGGGAAACCACCUUAGAGCAAUACUAAUAAAAGACCACUUACUGUUAAGAUAGCAAACAGAGUAUAGAUGAAUUUGACAAUGACUAAUAUUGAGAAUGUACCUGAUCAAUUGUCUUCGAUACAUGAGAAAUGUAGUUUCUCUUAUCAAAAGUCAGGAAUAGCAUGUUUAAAUCAAACUAGAGAGAAAUCUUAGAACAGUAAUAAUGAAAUAUUGAUUAGAUUCAAUUUAGAUAAUGACUCAUUUCCAAAAUAAAAUAAAACUUUGAUUUAACUAAUGAUAUAUUCUUAGAUGGAAAACGAUUAUUAAAGUCUUUUCAUGUUUAUGAUUUGAUGGAUU